AUGGUUGGGUAUCUCGUGGAAGAACUUUCAGCUCAGCUUAUUGCAAAGUCAAUCGGCCGUUUUAGCAACAGCAUUUGUGAAGCAUAUAAAACAUUUGGAUGUGUGUGGUACAUUUCUCCAAAAGCGGCCAUCAUGUACGUUGUCAGAUCAGACAACAAAAUAACUGAGUUUUCUCUGACAAGGACUGCGAAGCCUGUAGCGCCAUUCUGUCGCUUUGAUGGGGGCGAAAUUAAAGAGCCGAUAAAUAAAGAAGAAAAUUUAAAUUUGGACGUACCUACCUGUAAUGAUACUUAUCAAAAUUAA